CUUCCUUUUUCAAAACCCCUAUUUCAAGCGCCCGUUCCUCCCAGGCCAUUGCACUGUUCGCCCGCCGCUCCUGCCCGACGCGGUCCCAGCCGCCGCCCCCGUACGCUGCAAUCUCAGCCUUCGACGGACUCGCCGCUGCUCCCUCCCUCCCUCCCUCUUACACUCUUUCGCCUCUCCGAGCAAUCAGAGUUUCUUGUUUCUGUUUGCCCGUAACCCUUACCGUCGGUGAGAUUGCUCUGCCGCUCAGUUUAAGGAUCACCUCGAGAAACAGUUCAAAACGCAGCUCCUACGCUUUUGCAAAAUCGCACGCAACUGCUGUACAUAGCUCGAACGCCACUUCAAGUUUUCAUUUGGCGCUCCAAGAAGGAAUAGAAUUAGCAAUAAUCUGCAUAUUGUAGAGGAAAAUAGAAGUUUUUUUUUUUUUUUGUGUCGAUUGGAUUUCUAAGGAUUUGUGGUUUUUAGGGUCUUUCUCAGAACUAGGUAAAAUGGGUGAUCUGGAAACUCAAAGAAUUAGAAACAUAUGUAUAUUAGCACAUGUCGACCAUGGCAAAACGACGCUUGCCGACCAUCUUAUUGCCUCCUCAGGGGGUGGUUUGAUCCACCCGAAGAUGGCAGGCCGCCUCCGUUUCAUGGAUUAUCUUGAUGAGGAACAAAGGAGGGCGAUUACUAUGAAGAGCUCUUCGAUUGGUUUACGGUACAAGGAAUACUCCAUAAACCUCAUUGAUUCGCCUGGCCAUAUGGAUUUUUGCAGUGAAGUGUCGACUGCUGCUAGAUUGAGUGAUGGGGCAUUGGUUUUAGUUGAUGCUGUGGAGGGUGUGCACAUUCAAACCCAUGCUGUUUUGCGACAGGCUUGGAUUGAGAAGCUUACGCCAUGUUUGGUUCUUAAUAAAAUCGAUAGAUUGAUAUGUGAGUUGAAGUUGAGUCCUAUGGAGGCAUAUACUCGUUUGUUGAGGAUUGUUCAUGAAGUUAAUGGGAUAAUGAGUGCGUACAAGUCUGAGAAAUAUUUGUCUGAUGUGGAUUCAAUACUUGCAAGCUCUACAGGUGAGGUAAAUGAUGAGAACCUUGAGUUAAUUGAGGAUGACGAGGAAGAUACAUUUCAACCCCAGAAAGGGAAUGUUGUGUUUGUGUGUGCGUUAGAUGGGUGGGGAUUUAGCGUUAAUGAGUUCGCUGAGUUUUAUGCUUCAAAGCUUGGGGCAAAUGUAUCUGCAUUGAAGAAGGCCUUGUGGGGUCCUCGGUAUUUUAAUGCCAAGACGAAGAUGAUUGUUGGAAAGAAGGCCUUGGCGGGAGGAAGUAAAGCUCGACCUAUGUUUGUUCAAUUUGUGCUUGAAAGAAUUUGGGAAGUUUAUGGGGCUGCUCUAGAAACUGAUGGGAAUAAGGAGGUGCUUCAAAAGGUUAAUAGCACAUUUAAUUUGAAUAUACCAGCUCGAGAACUUUCUAACAAGGAUCCAAAGGUGGUUCUUAAUGCUAUUAUGAGUCGUUGGCUUCCUCUUUCAAAUGCAAUAUUAUCAAUGGUUGUUAACUGUAUGCCUGACCCAAUUGCUGCACAAUCAUUUCGAAUAUCACGGUUGCUUCCAAAGAGGGAUGUCAUUGAUGCUGAAGUCGAUGUCAAUGUGCUAUCCGAGGCAGAUCUUGUCAAGAAAUCCAUUGAAACUUGUGAUACGAGGCCUGAGGCUCCAUUUGUUGCUUUUGUGUCCAAGAUGUUUGCAGUGCCAGUUAAAAUGCUUCCAAGGAGGGACGAUCAUGGCGGGACUACUAAUAUUUCAUCUGAUGAUGGUGGCGAUGGUGAAUCAGACGAGUGUUUCCUCGCAUUUGCAAGGAUAUUUAGUGGGGUUCUUUAUUCUGGACAGAGAGUGUUCGUGCUUUCAGCUUUAUAUGACCCAACGAAAGGGGAAUCGAUGCAAAAGCACAUUCAGGAGGUUGAGCUGCAUUCACUUUAUCUAAUGAUGGGCCAAGGCUUGAAACCAGUGACCUCUGUAAAGGCAGGAAACCUUUUAGCAAUUCGUGGUCUUAGCCAUCACAUACUGAAAAGUGCAACUCUUUCAUCCACAAGAAAUUGCUGGCCUUUCUCAAGUAUGGCAUUCCAAGUUGCGCCAACUCUGAGGGUUGCACUCGAGCCAUCUGAUCCUGGAGACAUAGGUGCCUUAUUGAAAGGCUUAAGGCUUUUAAAUCGAGCAGACCCUUUUGUAGAGGUAACUGUUUCAUCUCGAGGAGAACAUGUACUUGCUGCAGCUGGAGAAGUCCAUCUUGAGAGAUGCAUAAAGGAUUUGAAGGAUAGGUUUGCCAGGGUAAGCUUGGAGGUCUCUCCACCUCUUGUAUCUUAUAAAGAAACAAUUGAAGGCGAGGCAUCUAGUGUGUCGGAUUAUUUUAAAGUGUUAUCUGAAAGUACAGAGUGUGUCAUUAAGAAAACCCCAAAUGGUAGAUGUGUUGUUAGAGUGCAGGUACUAAAACUUCCACUUGCUCUAGCUAAAGUACUUGAUGAAAAUUCUGGUGUUCUGGGUGAUAUUAUUGGCGUCAAGUUGGGGCAAAGCUAUAAAAACUUGGAAACAAAGAGAUCGAGUUUGAGGGAAAAUGAGAAUCCAGCAGAAACAUUAAAGAAACUCAUAUCGGAUGCAGUGUGCAGCAAUGUAUCGUCGAAGGAUGACAAACAUAAUGCACAGUGGUCAAAGCUUCUUAGGCGAAUUUGGGCACUUGGACCACAGCAGAUUGGUCCCAACAUUCUGAUUAACCCAGAUCCUAAAGUAAAUGAUCCUGAUUGCUCUGUUCUUAUUCGGGGUUCAUCUCAUGCAUCACAGAGACUGGGUUUCGUGGAUGGUUCCUCAAAUGACGAUUUGGAUGCUGAAACAUCAUCGGUAAGUGAUGUUGCUUCUGUAGCAUCAUCAGAAGGAGCUCAGACAUUAAGCAUGGAAGCAGCAUCUCUUGAGAACAGUGUUCUAUCUGGGUUUCAGCUUGCUACAUCAGCUGGGCCGUUAUGUGAUGAACCUCUGUGGGGGUUGGCGUUUAUUGUUGAGGCUUCUAUUUCUUCAUUGCCUGUGAAUUCAGACGAGUUGGAACCUUCCUUUCAAUCAGAGAAUAAUGCUAUCUUUUCUGGGCAAGUUAUGGCAGCUGUAAAGGAUGCCUGUAGAGCAGCUGUACUGCAAAAGAAACCUCGGCUUGUCGAAGCCAUGUACUUCUGUGAAUUGAACACUCCCACCGAGUAUUUGGGUCCAAUGUAUGCUGUACUUGCUCGAAGGCGAGCCCGAGUUUUGAAAGAAGAAAUGCAGGAAGGUUCACCUUUGUUUACUGUGCACGCAUAUGUGCCAGUUUCAGAGAGCUUUGGUUUUGCAGAUGAGUUAAGGAGGUGGACUUCUGGAGCUGCAAGUGCUCUUCUAGUGCUUAGCCACUGGGAAGAACUAUGUGAAGAUCCGUUCUUUGUCCCGAAGACGGAAGAAGAAAUUGAAGAGUUUGGAGAUGGUUCUAGCGUGCUUCCCAACACAGCCAGAAAGCUCAUUGAUACUGUAAGACGGCGUAAGGGUCUUCCUGUGGAAGAUAAAGUUGUGCAGCAUGCAACAAAGCAGAGAACACGUGCUCGAAAAGUAUAGAGAUAGAUCACGGCAUGAUUUGUACGAGUACUAUAAUGCAAUACAUCCUUAGAAUUCAAACCUUUACGAGGCAAUACAUCCUUAGAUUACUAUUCAAAUCUUUUUAUUUA